GAUGAUGUCAUCGCGGGGUGGGGGGGCGCUCCGUUCCGGCGCGGCGCGGCCAUGGACCGGCGGCGGCGGCGGGGCCCGGGCGAGCAGGAGUGACCCACCCGUGACGCCGGUGCCAUCUGUGAGCCCCAUCUGAGAGCCCCGCGCACGGGAGCCGGCGUGGCACAGCCUCUCCCGGGUGCCACCAUGCCGAUCCUCAAGCAGCUCGUGUCCAACUCCGCGCACUCCAAGCGCCGCUCCAGGGCCGACCUGACGGCCGAGAUGAUCAGCGCGCCCCUGGGGGACUUCCGCCACACCAUGCACGUGGGGCGCGCCGGCGACGCCUUCGGGGACACCUCCUUCCUCACCAGCAAGGCCGGCGAGCCGGUGCCGGAGGCGGGAGAGGAGCCGGGCGCCUCCAAGCCCGGCCUGCUGUCCCGCCGCUUCCGCAGCAGCAAGCGCUCGCAGUCGGUGACGCGCGGGGACCGGCGGGACAUGCUGGGCUCGCUGCGCGACUCGGCGCUCUUCGUCAAGAACGCCGUGUCCCUGCCCCAGCUCAACGAGAAGGACGUGGACAGGAGCGCGGGGCAGCUGCCCAAGAGCCUCUCGUCCAGCCCCGUGAAGAAGCUGCCCGAGGAGGGGAGCCCCGAAGAGCAGCAGCGCCCCAACGGGGCGGCCGCGGGGCCGCUGAGCCCCGGCUUGGACGAGCGCGACUUCGGGGACAUCACGGAGCUGCCCGUGGUGGUGGCCAAGGGCGGCGCGGGCUUGAAGCACGCCGAGUCCAUCAUGUCCUUCCACAUCGACCUGGGGCCCUCCAUGCUCGGGGACGUGCUGAGCAUCAUGGAUAAGGAUCAGUGGGAGCAGGACGAAGAUCCCGAGGCGGAGGAGAGCCGCGAGGAGGAGGAGGAGGAAGGGGAGCCUGCCCCGCCUGGCUCCCCGCUGGCGGCCCUGCCGAGCCAGAGCCCGGCCCGUGGCGCUGGUGGCCGCAGCCCCAGGGACAGCAGUCCAGUGUCCAGCUGCCCCUCGGGGCCCGAGGAGCGCAGCCCUGUCCCCAGGCCACCGAGCCAGAGGGGGGGACCCCUGAAACGCCCCGACAAGGAGUUCUCGUUUGCUGACGAAGAUGACGACGAGAUCCGGGUAUAAAGGAGGCCCAGCCGAGGUUCUCACUGAGGUUUCUUGGACACAGGGCUGAACACCCCAACUGGUGGCACUGGGGAAGACUCGACUCCUGCCUCGCUCCCUCUGUGUGCUGAGGCAGGACAGCGCUCUGCUCCCGGGGCCGUUCUGACAGCCCCCACACAGCUCCAGCACUUCCUGGGAGGGGGAAGCAGACUUGAUUUUGGUUCUUUCUGUUGGACUUUGAAUAUUAGUUCCUUUCUCCUGCUCCCCUGCCCGUGUAAAGCGAUUUAGGAUCCAACAAGACGAGCCUUUGGAGUUUAGCCCUUUUAGUAAUAUAUAUCUAUUUUCCACCGCACAGUUUUUACUGUUUUCUGAUUUGUACUUACCUUUCUCUACUCUCUUUUGGUUUUAACUGAGGGAAGAUUUCCCAUGAGGAAGAACUUGGCUCUGGAGCUCAGAGGUGGCCUGGGACUAUGGGCAGCUCCAGCUUCUGGGGUUUCUUGGGGACUUUCUGCAGACCAAGAGCUCCCAGUGCCGUGGCAGGUGCUCGCUCCCCAUCCCUCGGAUGGAUGGAUGGAUGGAUGGAUGGAUGGAUGGAUGGAUGGUUCCAUCCCAGAUGCUUGACCCUCCAACCAGCCUGGGGCUCACAGGGACGCUCCCAGCCAGCUCCAGGGAUGCUGAUGGAAGUGUGGGUCUGUCCCCUGUGGGAGGAGCACCUGGAAGCCGCUGGGAUCCCGGUGUGCCGUGGGCCGGGCAGUGGCGGGAGCAGGCGGCUGGAGCAGGAGGUUUUAUACCGUGUAUGUACAAAUGCAAGGAAUAAAGGAAAUGGUAGUGACUGCA